GCUAUAGGGAGAAGUGGCCCUGCCACUCAUUGCCCAGCCAUGGGGGACACUUUCAUUCGCCACAUUGCCCUCCUGGGCUUUGAGAAGCGCUUCACUCCCAGCCAACACUAUGUGUACAUGUUCCUGGUGAAGUGGCAGGACCUGUCGGAGAAGGUGGUCUACAGGAAGUUCACGGAGAUCUACGAGUUCCAUAAAACGCUAAAGGAGAUGUUCCCCAUUGAGGCGGGAGAGAUCCACUUGGAAAACAGAGUCAUCCCACACCUCCCAGCACCCAGAUGGUUUGAUGGGCAGCGUGCCGCUGAGAGCCGCCAGGGCACCCUCACUGAGUACUUCAAUGCCCUCAUGGGACUGCCCGUGAAGAUCUCCCGCUGCCCACACCUGUUGGACUUCUUCAAAGUUCGACCUGAUGACCUGAAGCUGCCCACAGACAGCCAGGUGAAGAAGCCAGAGACAUACCUGAUUGCCAAAGAUGCCAAGAAUAACGUAGCUGACAUCACAGGCCCCAUCAUCCUUCAAACCUAUCGAGCCGUUGCUGAUUAUGAGAAAAGUUCCCGCACGGAGAUGACUGUGGCUACCGGAGAUGUGGUGGAUGUCGUGGAGAAAGGCGAGAGCGGCUGGUGGUUUUGCCAGAUGAAGACAAAGAGAGGCUGGGUCCCCGCAUCCUACUUGGAGCCCCUUGACAGUCCUGAUGAGGCAGAGGACCCGGAUCCCAACUACGCAGGUGAACCAUAUGUAAACAUCAAAGCCUACACUGCUGUGGAAGAGGAUGAGGUGUCCUUGUCGGAGGUUGAAGUCAUUGAGGUCCUAUCAACGCUUUCUGGAUGGCUGGUGGUGAUCAGGAAAGGAGACGUCACCGGCUUUCCAUCCAUGUAUCUGCAGAAGGCUGUGGAGGAGAUAACCCAGGCCCAGAGGCAGAUCAGAGGCCGUGGGGCACCUCCACGCAGGUCGACCAUCCGAAAUGCACAGAGCAUCCACCAGCGUUCUCAGAAGCGCCUCAGCCAGGACGCCUACCGCCGCAACAGUGUCCGAUUCCUGCAGCAGCACCGUCGCCCAGCACGACCUGGGCCACAGAGUGCGGAGGGCACAAAGAACAAUCUGUCGACUCAGCACAGCAAGGCGCAGCCCGCAGUGCCCCCGAGACCCAGCGCGGACCUCAUCCUGCACCGCUGCACAGAGAGUACCAAACGGAAGCUGGCGUCUGCCCUGUGAGGGCGCUGCCGCCUCUAGAAGGCGUCCCAUUCCUAUCCCUGUAUAUACUUGUAUAUAGCUUGUAGUCAGAGGUUCCUCCCUUGCCUUAAUAAAUGUUGUUUGGAGUGAA